UCAUCCGAUGAUAGCAUCGAAUCUUCUGUCUCGUUUCAUCUUUAUUACACGAGAUGUUAAAAAGUUGUUUUGAGUUAAAUGUGAAUUUUACAGUUAAGUGACAGCUUCCACGCUAUUUUUUUCUAAUAUAUAAAUGUGGGAAAGACGCGCGCUGAGAAGAUAAACUGUGAGAUCUGUCACGGAAACGUUGAAACACUGGUAGGGAGUAACCCCACCGACUUGCUUGAGAAGGAGUCGCCAGAUCUGAGUUUUGUAUCCUCUUGUUCGGAGAUACGAACUUUGAUGUCUGAGAGUGAAUACGAUUCAGCAAACGAAUACACAAGUCUGAUGGACGGUCACGUUGCGGAAUCGCGCACGGAAGAUUUGAUUUUGGGCAAUCAUGAUCGUCGAAAGAACCGUUCCAGGAACACUAAUGAAGAAUUGGAAAAUGGAAUGCCUGAGAUGCAUGUUGAAACAUCAAGUACCAGUGUCAGUCGUUGGAACAGACGUGGUACAUCUAGUAACAACAGUCAAAACAGACUCAGUGUGAUCGACGAGGAGGAAGAAGAAUUGAAAUAUGGUGCUGCACAUGUGAUCAAACUCUUUGUCCCUGUUUCAUUGUGCAUGCUGGUUGUGGUAGCUACCAUUAGCUCAGUACAUUUCUACACAACCAAGGGAAUGUACUUAGUUUAUACCCCAUUCCAUGAGGACAGCAAUGAUACAAGUACCAAAGUUUGGCAGGCAUUUGCCAAUUCGCUGAUUCUUAUGAGUGUUAUUGUAUUUAUGACUGUGAUACUUAUCAUUCUUUAUAAAUACAGAUUCUACAAAGUCAUACACGGCUGGUUGAUCAUAAGCUCUCUAUUAUUGCUUUCAAUGUUUUCUCUUCUGUUUUGCGAGCAAGUGUUGAAGGCAUAUAACAUUCCAAUGGAUGUGUUCACGUUAGGUAUAGGCUUGUGGAAUUUUGGUGUAGUCGGCAUGAUUUGUAUUCAUUGGCAAGGACCAUUGCAACUUCAACAGGCUUAUUUGAUUUUUAUUUCCGCUUUGAUGGCACUGGUGUUUAUUAAAUAUUUACCAGAGUGGACAGCAUGGGUCGUUCUCGGAGUUAUAAGUAUUUGGGAUUUGAUCGCGGUUUUAACGCCAAAAGGUCCGUUGAGAAUACUCGUCGAAACGGCUCAGGAACGAAACGAAUCGAUUUUUCCCGCUUUAAUUUAUUCAUCCACCAUUUUAUAUUCGUUCACUGUAACUUACGCCGGAUAUGUACAGGCUGCUACAAUGGCCUCUGGAGAUACCGUGGCAUCUCCUACGCAAGGUCAAGUGGAUAAUCAAAAUAGCAGUGCGUCCGGUGACGCUGAGGAAGGAGGUUUUACUCCUGAAUGGGUGGAGACACAUGGUGAAAGAAGUGCAAGGCGUUCUCAAGAAAUACAAGAAAACACCUCUACUUCCACGGUGAGGCAACGCGGCAACGCGAGACAAGAUAAUCGCCCGCGAGAUGCACAAGGACAAGUUGCCGAAGAGGAGCGAGGAGUCAAAUUAGGUCUCGGUGAUUUUAUAUUUUACAGCGUACUCGUUGGAAAAGCGUCGAGUUAUGGAGAUUGGAACACUACACUGGCUUGUUUCGUUGCCAUUCUCAUUGGUUUGUGUUUGACGUUGUUGUUGCUGGCUAUAUUCAAGAAAGCAUUACCCGCUUUACCGAUUUCCAUUACAUUUGGUUUAACGUUUUAUUUUGCCACAAGAGUGAUUGUGGCGCCAUUCGCGGAUAGUUUAGCGAGCGAACAAGUAUUUAUUUAAAACUUAAUUAUAACAAAUAUUAUUUCAUCUCUUGAUUUAGUGCAAUUCAUUUACGGAAAAGAUUCUAGAGAAACAAUACCCAUUUACUUUACAUUUUCAUCUCCCUUCAGCUGUAGCAAUUUUGAAAUUCAAAGAUUCGGAAGCUAACAUACAUUUUUGUUUUUACUCCCAUGUUUGCCGAGUGUUGUAUCAUGUGUUUCUUAUAUAUACGUAUAUAUUAUACAAACAAGUAAUAUGUGUGAUAUUACACACACUCAGUAUAAAUAUCAAAUACAUAUUAUCACA